AUGGUUUCUUCUGUCCAUUCCAUAGUAAUAGCUUUACACAGCCAGGAGCUUUUGGCCAAAUCGACAGCGACGCUGACAGAGGUCUACCAGCUGGUGCCCGAGGUGUCUUUGGGCAGAGUGAGUGCGCAGCAAGCCGAUGAAGCUAUCGAGCGAUUGCACAAUGUGUUCGGUCAAUUACUCGAAAGAUGCGAUAAUGUCAGCUGGAUGGAACGGCAAGCAGCGGAAGUGCUUGACGCCAAUCAGCUUCAUAUCUGGCGAAAGCACUUAGAUAUCGUCCUGUGGACUCGAGCAUGGUCCGCAUUGCGCGCACAACAGCGCAAGACGAAGUCCUCCAACGCAGAAAGCAAACAGUUGUCGGAAGCAGAAGCAGAGAGCAUCGUGCCCGCUGCGGCGCCCUUGGGCAACGCUUUCAUGUGUAUGUUCCAAGAGGAACUGCGAGCGGAACCAGACAAGAAGGCCAUCACGGAGGCUGAACAGCGUAUCAGCCAAGCAGUGCAGGCCCUGCUCGAACAAAGCUUCUCGUGGGACCAUAUUUUCGAGAUACCGGACUUGCUGAAUUUUCCAGCGACAGCCGCAGAGAGAUUCUUGGAGCUCAUGCAGGCGCUCCAGUUAUCCCGCGAACCAGCGGCGAGUGAAGCCAGCAAUGAUCAAGUGGAUUUCUUGGCGAGGGCGGCUCCGUACGACCCGCUCAGCGAGGGUGUGAUCGCAUCGGAAGACGAAAUUGCUAACCGCGGACACGCAGGAGUGCCGCUGCUCCCAGAAGGGGCUCCACAACCUGUGCCUCCGGAUGGUCUCUGCCUCAGCUACGCCUGCGUGGGCGCCCAGAACCCGAGGUAUCUAGCAAAAAUGCACCGGGAUCGAAGCGGAUUUGUUGUGGACGAAAGAGAAGCCUCAAGAUUUCGCACGGCUGCCUUGAACUUUCGCGCGGCCGUGGCCGUGCGAGCUCGCAGAGCAGCCAGAGCAGACAUUGCAACAGCAUUGCAGAGUGGCGACUGGCCGAGCGAGGCGGCGCUGCACUUUUUUGCGGAGGAGUUAGGGGGGAGUCUGAUGGUGACCUCUUUGUUUUCCGAGGAGAAGAUGUUAUUCGGGCAGGGUCCUAUUACAGUUCACGUACUACACGGAGUGACGGAGCCGGAUGCAGAUGGACAUUCCUCCGGUCACUUCGAACUGUUGCAGUCAUGGUUGCCUGCCGAUGAAAAGCCGAGCAGCUCCAGAACAAAGAAGAAAAGAUCUUCGUCACUCCGAGACCAUGAGGAGUCCGAGAGCAGUAAGCCGGAGAAGAAGAAGCCGAAGCCAGGAAAGCACAAAGCCGGCUCUGCCGCGAUGGACUCGAAUGUCAGCGGCGUGCGCAAAGCAAGGGACUUCGACCCGGAGGAGCCAGGGGAGGCGGUUGUAUUCAAUCCAGACGAAAUUCGAGAAGAUUCGCAUGCAAAGGAGCAGCACCAGAGCACAGCGGCGUUAGUUUCGAGAGCGUCUGGGAACGCGACGCCGACCCGCAGAACAGCAGAUGUGGGUUGUGGCGACAUGAGCAAAGUCAAAAGGAUCUCGAAAGCGAAGGUUGCAAAGGCCGUGUCCCAGGACCCUCUGACAUCUCAGCCUCCACUCCUCGACAGCAGCUCGGAAGCAGAAUCGGCUGAAGUUUCCAGGUUUUAUUCGCAGCUUCUGGACGAAGGAAGUCAAGAAGAGCACGCAGAACCCUUGCCCGACAAGAGUGUCCCUGAGAGACGUAGUGCCUUGAAGACAUCAUCCCUGUAUCGAGCCCAACAACGAAAAGCACAGGAAGACGAAGCAUGGCAAACGUGGCUGGCAAACCCCGAGAUAGAGGCCACGUCCAAGGACUUCGCAGAGGAAGCAGAGGCAUGGUGGCAGGACUACGAGGAGCAGCGGCGGGCCAAGAGGCAGCGCAGUGAGAGCAACAUCGGUUGGACGGACGAAAAGCCGAAGCACGGUGACAGAAUCUUGGUGUUGAGACAGCCUUACCUCGGGUGGAUUUUGGCGGGAACGAAAACUCUGGAAAUUCGAGAUAAACCUCUGCGUGCACAACAUGUUUGGCUCGGUCACAAAGAGCUCAUCCUUGGUCGCGCUUACAUGGACGGAGCAGAACAGAUUCUCACAGACGAGGAAUGGAAGAGACUUCUGCCACAGCAUCGCUGGGACAGGACUGCGCGACCCUACAAGAGAACCUACGGUUUGCGUCUAAGCCAAGUGUGCCGCACGCGACGGCCGCACGAGUAUACGCACCCGCUGGGUGCGAUCGGCAUGGUGGUCUAUCGCGAGGAAACUCGCCCGGAGGCAUGCAACACAGAGGCAGUUGUUCAACAGUCUAAGUUGUGUCCUGGCAGGCAUGAAGAAGCUUGUCGCUUCCAUCGAGAUGGCAGUGGGCGACCCGCUGGGCCUUCUAAGCACAGUAAAACCGGCAGAUGCAUGUUCUGUGAUGCCACGGCACUGCGAGAAGUUCAUCGCGUCGCUCCUUCGACUAUCACGAGAGCCUUGAACAAUUUGAAGGCAAAGGCUGCGGAGGUGCACCGCCUGGCACGAACGCGCGUGCAGGAGACCCUGGAGGCAUUUUCGUCGGUUGUGAGCCUGGAAGAUCGUAUUUGUCAUGUGGCGUUGUCUGACACAGAAGUACAAGAAGCUGCCAAAGCCAGAGACAACGAUGCCAAGAGGGCCCGUCGCAAGUUUCCGACGCUUUAUGAGGACGAGGGGCAACAUGGUGAUUGGCAGAGCACGGCGGCAAAGACCUUCCAAAAGUGGGCCGAAGAGGAAAGUUGGACAACAUGCCCUGGCUGCAAGCGCCUGCGAACGCAGCGGUUCCCCGCAGGAAGUCGUCGCAGUAAUGCUCGCUGCAACCAUUGUGCGAAGGGCGCAGGAUAUGUCGCGCCAACCCCCGGCGACGUGCCGCUGGCACUCAGAGGCAUGUCUCGGGUCGUGCUGGAGUGUCUCCGGCCGUUUAGCAUCUCCUGCGGGCCCGGCGAACGCUCGCCCUCCGGGUAUUGGGUGCAUACUGCUCCGAUUCGAUUUCGUUGGAAGAGUGCUACACUGACAGAACGCAUUGCCAGUCUCGAGGUGGAGCGUGAACGCAAGCACGCGCAAGUCGCAAGCGAGUGGCUCCUCCAAAACGAAGAGUCGGCAUACAAAAAGUUCAAUGCGCUGCAAGAAGCGUAUGUGAUGGCUUCGCAGCAGCAGGAGGAUGCGGAAGAGACACCUUCGACAGACCUCAUGCCACUGCGGUUCAUGGAGACGGUGGGCAUCGAGUGCGCGGCAUGGCCGCAUUUGUAUUGGAAGACGGCGAUGUGUGAAACCUUUGUCAGAUCGCGAGACAGUCGUCGACUCAAGAGAACAGCAGAUGACCAGAGCGAUAGCGAUGAGAAUGAGGAAGGCGUGCAGAAACAUCAGAGCUUCAAGGCCUCCUAUAUUACCAAGGUUUUGUCGCCGCUCAUAGGGUACGGCGUCGAUUUCGAACUGACACAAUUCGUGUAUGAUCUCUGGCUCUACACGGGCAUUGGCAGUGCGGACCGUGCAAGCGGCCUGAGCCUUCGCGCGGCUCUGGCGGGGAAGUCUUUCGCGCCGGAAUACUGGCGAACCAAACACGCUGCACUAAUCGACUUGCAAAAGCAAUUGGGUCCUCCGACUCUUUUUCUGACCAUAGCACCAUAUGAAUGGACAGCUCCAUAUCACACGUGGUUGCUCGACGAAAUGUGCAAGGCUGCAAGAUCCAGAACGAAUCUUCCUGUUGCCGAAAGCUUGCACCUGGCGCAUCUCUUGACUGAAGUCGUUCGCGAGCUGCUGAUGGGACAGCAUUCUACAGACGAAAUGCAGGGUCUGCUCGGCGAGAAGGUUGUUUAUUUUGCACGCCUGGAGUUCCAAGACGGUACCGUGCACGUCCACGUCCUUGUUUGGUUGCGAGAGGACGCGGACAAGGGAAGGUUGCCAAGGCUCAUAUCAGCGGAGCUUCCCCCAGCGGGUACGCCUCUCGGCGACCUAGUACGAGGAUCCCAGUUGGAUCGCCACGACAGCGCAUGGCCUCGACGAGAAGAAGCUUCGAUUUGGGACACCGUUUCCCAGACACUGCAGCUGAAACAUCCGCGCGAUGCUUGGGAAGCAAAGGUGAGAGCUUACAUGCCCGACGUCCUCGGGUGCUUAAGAUGCCAUAUGGAUGUUCAGGCCAGUGACGGCCGGGGCAUGAUUUUGAGAUAUGCAACCGGGUACAUCUCCAAAUUUUCGCAAUUGUGGAGUCUAGAAGGGCAACUCGACAAGCGCGAUAUCGCGCACAGCAUCCUGUGGCAGUACCAUCCACUUGAGAUGGAAAUGGUCCUUCAGCUCGCAAGCCACAUCCUGCCCCAGUGCAAUCACACAGGCCACAUUCGUCGUUUCGUGGUGCCGGUGCCGUGGAGCAGCGGCCGAUUACCACGGGAAAUUGAACUGUACGAGAAGAGCACGUGGCGAGCAGACACUGUGCCAUUGUUGGAAUUCUUGCGUCGAAGCAAUGCCAAGGGUGAGAUUAGCUGGGAUAUUCGCCGGAGAUAUGAAGACGAGAAGCCGAGUUGUUCUCUGAACGAGUUUGCCAACAAGUGCUCGACGCAAGGGAACACCAUGGUUGCAACAGUUCUUUAUGCUCGGAGCAACGACAACUUCUUCAAGCAAUGGUUGUUGCUGAACGUACCCUUUCGAAGCUUAGAUAAUCUCUGGCAUCCCACUGUGGACGAAAUCCCUGAGGACCUGCAAGGCCUGGCCUUGUGUCUGCACCACUGUCCAAGGUAUUGGCAGUCCAUGCCUGCCAUACGACAAGAAAUGGAAGCAGAAGCUUGGAAAGAUUACCACAUUGAGAACGUGAUCUCCAGUGUGAAGGCAAAAACAGAGACCAUUGCAGAGAUAAGAACCGGAAAUUAUAAGCCACCGAUCGAAAGCAGCCGUGAGAAGCAUGUGGCCGCUGUACCCAACGAGAGCGAGUUGUCCGUUGAACAGCAACAUAUGGUGCAAGCUAUUUCAGACAGAGUGACGAAGGCCGCGGAGAGACGAUGCGGCGGAACGGUCGCAGCUGAUCAGUGGAAUGAGCACGUGCGACGGGAAAACGACGAUCGCGCGAUCUGUUGUCUCGGAGCAGCCGGUACAGGCAAAAGUGUUGCAGUCAAAACAGUCAUUACGAAAGUGCAAGACCGGGCAAACGUGGCCAUUGCGUGUCCAACAGGUUUGCUGGCAGCGAGUUACCGACGGUCAUUUACAGGAGCCCACAUCGACACAGUGCACGGUUUUUUCGCACUCCAUGUCGAAGAGCAUUUGACGGUGGACUUGCUCGCAGACUAUGAUUUGGUGGUUGUGGAGGAGAUUGGCCAGUUAACAAGAACACAGUUCGAGAGAAUUAUGCGACUGUGGUUGGCAGCAGACCAGCGACCGUGCCUCGUUUUCCUGGGUGAUUUCAAGCAAUUGCCGUCUAUAGAUAACACCAACGCCAAAAGCAGUUCUUUGUGCAAUUACAUUAGAUGGGUUGAAUUGCGUCAGGUGCAGCGCAACACAUGUCCGGAGUUGCGUCGCAAGUUGGCUCUGCUGCGCGACUGCCAGCCGACGGAGGCCCAGCUGCAAGCAAUACUACGCGGACACUCCGUCAGCAACGGGGAUCGCCCAACCCGCGAAGAAGUGGCGGGAGUUCUGGAAGGGCAGCGCGAGGUUACAAUGGUAACGUUCACUCGCAGAGCUGCUGAAGAGCUCAACCAGAUGGCAGUCCAAAUCCAAUUUGGAGACCAUGAGCCACUACGCAUCAUCCCGACAGACCCAGAUGCAAACUGCGACAACAAGCAGCGCGGAGAGUAUGUCAAUUUUGACUGCUCUUCUAUCGCGUUGCACAUCGGCAUGAAGCUGAUGUUGACUCGCAAUGUAAAUAAGGAAGGCGACCAUGUGAAUGGAAUGUUUUGCCAUUUGGAAGCUGUCGGCCGACAUGGCAUCAGGGUCAGAACGGCCACCAACAAGAUCGUUUUGGUGUGCCCACAGACUGAAACCCAGUUGCUCUCUGACGGCAGCGUAGCCAGGGCGACGUUCUACCCCUUGCGAUUGGGGUAUGCGACAACCUUGCACAAGCUGCAGGGUGCCACACUUGACUACAUGGCCCUGUGGUUGGAUCAGGAGGGCAUUCAGGGUGCGGGGUACGUGGCACUGAGCCGCGUCAGAAAGGACACGGACUGGUGUUUCCUCGGUCGGUUGAAGCCGACUCAUUUCUGCCCCUCAUGGGCGUGA